CAGGGGAGGUCUAGAAGAGCAGAUCUCUUUUCCACCCACCCAAAGAGGGAGGUUUGGGUGAGAGAGGCCAGGGAGAGGAGAGAGGACAAGCGCCUCAUGCUUUUGCUGUGAAUCACUGGAAUCUUUAAAGCCAGAGGUGGAGGAUUCAGCAGCUCUGGCCGAUCACUGCCUGUCUCCUCGACAAACACCUUUUCAGCAGGUGGAAGGUGCUUCAAGAGCAGCCUGCAAUGUUCUCCCUCCUUGCUUGCAUCUUUCUUCUGGUCCAGGCAGUGGCAGCCAAGCCAAUAGAAAAGACAGGUCCAGAAAUGCAGGGAGAUAUUAAGGCCCUUUUUCAGCUUGUCGUGCAGAACACUGAGGAAGAAAAUUUCAACUUGACUAGCUUGCCCUGUGAGGAGAUGAAGACCAAGAUGUGGACCACUUUGAGGCUCAAAAACCAAGGCAUCACCUCUUUCCCAGCCUGUCUCCCUGAGCACUUGGAGCAUCUGGAUAUGAGCAUCAACCUCUUGCCCGAAUUCCACAGCCAGUAUGUGGCUUACUUGCCCAUGUUGCAGGUCCUGUCCCUCAAACAGAAUGAAAUUCAGCAGGUGACAUGGGAGGCUGGGAGCCUCAGCAGCCUCAAGUUUCUGGAUCUGAGCUUCAAUCAGUUGUCCUCUGUGCCAGAGUGCAUUGCCUCCACUAUGGACAAUCUCAUUUGGCUCUCUCUGGCUGGGAACCCUAUCGCAGAAAUCCAACCCUUGGCUUUCUAUUGCCUUCCUCAGCUGCAUAACCUGAAUCUGUCUUCCACUUGGCUAGGAAAAGAUGGCCAACAAGGGAUCAAGGAAUCUGCUUUUGCAACACGCUUGCUGCCCAGUGAAAGAGCUGGAAGUGCUAUCCGUGUGCUGGAUCUGAGUAUGACCUUUCUGGAAUCGAUUCAUGAGGACUGGAUCAAAGAUCUGUCCAGACUCUCUUCUCUCUAUCUAACAAAUAUGAGGAAUCUGAGAAGCCUAGACACUGCUGUCUUCCAACAUGCACCACAGCUGAAAGAACUGGAUUGUCAACACUCCCCUGCGCUAAGUCUGGUGGAAACAGAGUCUUUCAGGCACACACCUCACCUGGCUUUCCUUAUGUUCCAAAAUUGUAACUUGAGUUCUUUUCAUCGGUGGAACCUUAGCUCAUCAAACACCCUUGCUAUCAACCUCUAUGGAAACCCUUUGGCCUGCCAUUGCGCAAUUUCCUGGCUAAUAUCCGGGCAAGACAACAUAGUUCUGAACAGGGCAUCAGAAACUAUGUGCUACACAUCAGCAGAAACCAAAGGAGCAUCUUCAUCUGGAUCUAUGCUGCUGUCUAAACUGUACAAUGAAUGCCAAGCACAGGAGACUUCCCAUUCUACUCCACUGUUUACUCAAGGCAAAUCUUAUAGCACGUCUUCCACUGUCACCAUAGACACUUUUCCAGAUGCCAGUGCAUUGCCCCAUAAAUGGCAAAGCAUUUCUUUUCCCCCAGAGAGCACUCCUGUUACUUCAGGAGACAUAAUUCCUGUGACUUGGGGAGAUGCAACAAAACAAGGUUCAGUUAAGACAGACAUUCUUGCCUACAAAGAGGAAACAAUUUAUGGAUCUACAGACAGCUCACGGAUCACAGCAGCUGCUGCCACCACAACUUCACCUGCAAAGCUAGGACAAGGCUCCACUGAGCAAACCUUAAUGAGCACAGUUGAGAUGGAUCAAAGGAAACAAGAUGCCACAACAGUGAAUUCUGCCAUCCACUUGGAAGGAACACGACACCACUCUGCUCUGGAGAGUCCUACAAUGCAACCCACCAAACAGGGUGGCUUAUUUCCCCCACAUAGUACAGCACACUCAGAUCAGACCAGGCCACCACUGCAAAUUCCCACCAAAACAAGCCUCAAGCCAAAACUUGCCAUCACUGAAAAUCCAAAUUAUUAUUCAGAUGACUAUGACUAUGAAAAAGAAGGGGAAACAUCACUGACAGAAAUACUUGGCCCUUGUGACUAUGAUCCAUGCAGACACCUCCAGAAGCCUUGCGUUGAUCUCCAAGACUUAUCUCCUUGUUUGUGUCCAGGCAUAUCAGAUGAAUUCACUGUCCCUGAUCCACCGAGGCUCUGGGAAGUAACUGAAAUCAGGGACACUUCUGCAGAGAUCCAUUGGUGUGCUCCAUAUUCAGCAAUAAGAUACUACCAGCUUGUCUACCGUCCUCAAGGCAGUAAAAGGAAUUACACCAUUUCUGGAGAGGUUUAUGCAACAGCCAGACAAUAUACCCUCUACAACCUCCUGCCUGGCUCAACCUAUCAGGUGUGUGUCAUCGCUUCAAACAACGCAGGCUCAAGCCAAACAGACUGGAAUGGGAGGAAUGCUCCCUGCAGUACCUUUUCAACCAAGUCCAGCUACAAAUCCAUCUUUGCUGCCUUGACUGCAACAAGUGGACUGUUUCUCAUUGUCACUAUAACAUUGUCUGUGUGUUUGUGUAGGAAAUUGAAAGCACCACAUGUUGAGCAAUAUAACACGCAUUUGGUCUCGUAUAAAAACCCUGCUUUUGAUUACUCCUUAAAAUAAGAAAAGUUUGGGAGCUUGUCACAAACUUUUCGACACAAAGAAGUAAUCUUCUCAACUGAUUUUCUAAAGCACCAGUGGAAGGGUUACCGUAAAUGCCAGAAUCCGGUGAGAUUUUUCCACUAACAGAACUGAUUCCAUCAGGUUAUUUGGGCAGGUUAAUCCCCAUACACACUCUCCUAUUCUCCCAAGAUCCCUCAAAGUCUGUUCUGGAUGCCUGGGGACUCUUCUGAAGAAGGGUUUUCAGUGGCGUGGAGGAAGUCACAUUGCACUAAUGAAUAGCCACUGGUGUAAUGCUGGUUUUUAGGCCAAUGCUGUUGUUUUAAUUAACCUGCACAUUUCUCUCCCGGGUUUAUUAUUAUUUGUUCUAUAACUGUAAUUGGUAAAUGAAGAAUAUUAUUUUCUCUUUGCUAAAACUGUUUUUGAAAAUGUAAAAUUGUUGUUAUUAAUAGUUAUUUAAACACCAUGGCUGUGUUAGGGAAACAUUCCCAAUAUGUACAUUUGAAAGGAGUGUCCUUCCUUGAGUGAAGAUACGAGAACCCGAAAUCUCCAUAGGCAAUACGCACUUUAUUUUGGCCAAGGUGACAGCACACCAGCAGAUGGUGAUAAAAUUGCUGCCAUGCCCAAUAACCAUUUCCAAAAGUUUUUAUAGUAAAACACAGUUCAUUGUUUACAUAGCAUUAGCUUAAUUGGCUAUUUAGUACAUACAUGAUUAUACAAAAGGCAGUUAAUUGGCUAUUGUCUAAACAUCAAAUGAUUGGUUGUGUUCACUGUCCAUGCAAUGGUCACGCAUUUUCUUAUUGGCUCUACAUUUGCUAUUACAUUUGCUAUUACAUUUGCUAGCAGCCUGGAAUGCAAAGAGAUACUAGCUAGGAUGAUCCUGUUCCCUUCAAGGCCACAGCAAAGGGAGAGCAUUGUAUUCUCAAAGCUCUGGCGAAGGGAGGGUGAGUGCGUGCGUGUGAUGUGAGUGUGUACGGUGGACACACACAGGAGCAAAAGGUAGGGGGCCAUCAUAGCCCAUGUACACUUUACUCUGCAGCUCAGUCUAUGAGUCUACUGUAACCACUGAUUCUUUUGCAAAGCCAUGUACAGAAGCAGAAAGCAAGAAAGCAUAAGUUCAGCCAUAUUUAUGUCCCUCUCAGCUGAAGCUUUAUUUUAGAAAGAAGGUAACAAUGCUUUGAUUUCAUCAUUUUCUCCCAUUCAGGGUGAGCAAACCUUGUGCAGUGGGGAUGCUCCAGGAAGGGAAGGAAGCAGCACAUCCUUGCCACCUGCCUUCCUUCCUCAUGCAGCCUGCAAUGCUACUUCUCCCACCAUUCAGAAAUGUCCUCCAGUCCUCAGGGGUAGAUUGGGAUGGUAGGGCAGGGGAAGGGGAAGCAGGUGACUGCAAGAGGAAGUAUGGACCCCCCUUGGUUUUUGUUUUCUAAGAAGGCAAAGCACAGAGCCAACUUUCAGUUAGAAAAAUAUAACAUAUAACUGGAGUAACCCUUUUAGCUAAGACCAUAAGGCAGGCCAUAGAUGACCUUGCCAUCUGUUAACAUGAUGUUGAGGAGCCACAUUGGGAUCUGUGUUCCUCCAUGAUGCAUGAGAAGCAUCCCCUCCUCUCCCUUUUGCCCUCAAGCUAGUUGCAAAGAAAUAGCCUCAUCCCUAGCUGGUCAGUGAUGCUAUGCAAGGCCCAUGAUGGGCAUGUCUGAUGGGCACUCUUCACCAUGACUGUCUAUGGAGACUGCUGACAGGAAUGCCCAAAUCUAUUGCCGGUUUCUGCAGCUUUCCUCCUUGUUCCCUCCAGGUCUGUUCCCUGACACUUCUUUGCACAAUUUCAACACAGGAAAUGUAUUUUUGCAUACAUUUUUCAAAUGGAAGCAUUAAUGGAUAGAAAAAAGUACAUACAUGUGUGUUUAUGCACAUUGAAAAACGCAAUGGGUUUUGCAAAAUUUCCCCAUGCCUGCAUGUUAUCAAACACACUUCCCCUCUUCUUUGACAGAAUACACAAUGAGUCUGAAAACACAUGGGUUUCCUACUGCAAUUCUAUCCCUGGCUUCAGUCUGGAAGGGAAAGCUUGGGUCAACUCACUAAAAAUAUUACAGCAAAUCUUCGAUAUAUUGUCUACCUGUAUUCUAAGAGACUUCAUAUAAGACCCCACAUGUUUCCCAAAGGAAGUAAAGGAAAUGCUGUGCAAUCUAUCUAAAGCUAAUGCUACCAGUUUGAUAAAAGAAAUGAUCAGCAAAACUGUAGCUACAAAUAAAUUGGAAGCACAAGUAGUAAAAAUAUCUUAAUGUUAAGCUCUGAUUUACUCCUUUUGUACACCAAAUGAACUGUUUGUCAUAACCUCUAAGCAAAUGAGGGAGCAGGCUCAUUUGAUCCCUCAUUUCCCAUCAGACUACUGUUGUUUGCUGGGACUGGGAUCAGAAGAGACAAUUUAGGUGCACUUGGAGGCAACCAACAAAGUAUCACCUCAUUCUCUGAACAUACCAUCAUCAG